AUGUACGCCCUCUCUAUCGGUGUGCAGAGCAUCGGCCAGUCUCUCCCGUUACCCGUCUACGCCUUGCUGUCCGGACUCAACGCUUCCACUGUCGGUAUCAUUGCGCUCGCUGGCGUACAGCUCGCCGAAAAGGCGAUCGGCGACCGAUUGACUCGCAUCCUCGUCAUCUUCGGUGCCUGCGCCGGGCUCUGCUACAACACGCUGUGGUACUUUCCUACCCUGAUGGUGAUUGGUGGUUCGGCGACAGCCAUCUGGGACGGAUGGAUGGCGCAGCAUUUGCGAAAGCUCAAGAUCCACUGGGAGCAACGUCAGGAGAGACCUGCCGUGGCCGAUGUUCAAAUUGAGUCUGGCUCGCCCAACGGUCAGCAGAAUAUUCCAUUAGCGGAGAGAACUGUGCAGAGUGGAACAGCCGAGACUCAGAGGGCCGUCGUCCAGGCCAACGAUCAGUUCGCCGAAGACUCGACGAUGAGGGCGCGCAAGGCCGGCCCGUCGUCCAAGACUCUCUCAGAGAAUACCGCGGACGUGGCCGAGUCCACGCCUCGGCAGCACUCGGUCGUGGCGGACAGCAACGUCCAGCCAGGCCAGGAUCAUCUCAUCAGCAUCCGCAAGGGCAUCUUCACUACCAUCGUAUUCUUCGCUUCCUUCAUCGCUGUCCUUGUUGCUCGCGAUGCACUUCACCCGGCACCGCUGAUCCUGGAUCUCUUCGCCAACAUGUACUUGGCCGGCACCAUCAUCUUCGGCGGUGGCCCCGUCGUUAUCCCCUUGCUGCGCUCCUACGUCGUUGACCGCGGAUGGGUAUCCGGCCGAGACUUUCUGAUCGGUCUCGCCUUGAUCCAAUCGUUCCCGGGCCCGAAUUUUAACUUCGCUGUAUUCCUCGGCGCGUUGGCUCUGCAAAAGUCGCGCUUUCCGACGGUUUUCGGCGCCUUCCUUGGCGGUCUCGGUAUCUUCCUCCCCGGGAUCACCCUCGCGGUCGCUGUGCAGAGCUUCUGGGGCGUAUUGCGCAAGCGGAAAUGGGUGGUUGAUUUUCUGAGGGGCGUCAACGCCACGGCUGUGGGGCUCGUUUUUACGGCGGUCUAUCGUCUGUAG